AUGGGUAAAAUCGGGUCAAAAUCGGGUAAAAUCGUUAAAAUCGGCCGUCCACGAUUCCAGUUCAUCAUUAACAACAGCCCUCGCCCCUCAUCGACGACGUCCUUUUCACCAGCCACCGUAAGAACCAGAGUCCACCCAACAACAACGGCGUCUCUCCAGUCUCCACCAGGCUCCAAGUUUGACUGCAAUAUUGAUCUCCUCGGUGCUCACUGCUCAGAACAGAGGAAAAAUUCUUCUGGUAAUAGACUUGAUGUGGGAUGGCAAUAUGGUAUAGAUAUUGAUAAGAAUUCUAGAAAAGUUCAGUGCAAGUAUUGUCAAAAAAUUAUCAGUGGAGGUAUUUUUCGUUUUAAACAGCAUUUGGCUUGCACCCGUAAGGAUGUUGAACCAUGUCAACAAGUACCAGAAAAUGUUAAGCAGAUGAUUUUAGGUGUUUUGGUGAAAAAUCUAGAAGCAACUGAAAAGAAAAGAAAGGCCCGUCAAUAUAGUGUAAAAAAAAACCCUGAGUUUCUUAAGGCACUUGAUUUGGUUGCAAAGCAUGGGCCAGGUUUCAAGCCUCCAUCAUACCAUGAUAUUAGAGAGAAGUAUUUGAAGCAAGAAGUGGACCAAACUAUGAAUUUGCUUGAGGAUUACAAGCUAGAAUGGAAAAAAACUGGUUGUUCAAUAAUGUCUGAUGGAUGGACAGAUAAAAAAAGACGUUGUAUUUGUAAUUUUUUGGUUAAUAGUCCUAAAGGGACAGUUUUUUUAUCAUCGGUUGAUACUUCUAAUAUGUCCAAAACUGCUGAUAAGGUAUUUGAGAUGUUAGAUGCCAUUGUGGAGAGGAUUGGGGAGGAAAAUGUUGUCCAAGUAGUCACCGAUAAUGCUGCAAAUUAUAAGGCAGCGGGACAAUUAUUGAUGGAAAAAAGAAAGAGUUUGUUUUGGACACCAUGUGCUGCCCAUUGUAUUGACUUGAUAUUAGAGGAUUUUGAGAAGAAGUUAGAGAUUCAUCAAGUAACUAUUGCUAAGGGGAGGAGAAUCACCUCAUAUAUUUAUUCAAGAACUAUUCUUAUUUCCAUGCUAAGACACUUUACGAAAGGAAGGGAUUUGAUUAGGCCUGCUGCCACACGGUUUGCUACUGCAUAUUUGACUUUGGGAUGUUUGAAUGAUCAUAAAAUGCAGUUGAUGACUAUGUUUACUUCCAAUCAGUGGAGUUCAUGUAGGUUUGCAAGAAUAGAAGAAGGGAAACGAAUUCAAAAUUGUGUUUUGGACAGCAGGUUUUGGCAUGAUGUUACUAUAUGUAUUAAGGCAGCGUAUCCUCUAAUUAAAGUUCUUCGAGUAGUUGAUUCUGAUGAGAAACCAGCUAUGGGUUUUAUAUAUAAAGCAAUGGAUGAAGCAAAAGAGAAGAUACAAGUGAAUUUUGGUUCCGUGAAAAAAAGUUAUAUACCUAUAUGGAAUAUUGUUGAUGCAAGAUGGGAACUUCAACUCCACAGACCCUUACAUGCAGCAGCUUAUUAUUUGAAUCCUCAUUAUCAUUAUAAUCCCAAUUUUAAGGUUAAUGCCAACAUUAAAAUUGGAUUAUAUCAAUGCUUAGAAAGGAUGGUGCCUAAUGCAAGUGAAAGGUGCAAAAUUGACUUGCAACUUGAAUCAUUCAAGGAUGCAAAAGGGUUGUUUGGCAUUGAGGCUGCCAAGACAGCAAGAGAUAAAAAAACUCCAGCUCAAUGGUGGGAUUCUUAUGGAGAUGAUUCAUCUGGAUGUGAGCGUAAUUGGAGUGCAUUUGAAAUGGUUCAUACAAAACGAAGAAAUCGUUUGCACCAGAGAAAAAUGAAUGACUUGGUAUUUGUAAUGUGCAAUCUGAAAUUGAAUAAUAAUCAAGUCAAAAAGCAAGCAGAUGAUUUUGGUGUAGAAGAUGAUCUUUCAUCUGAUGAUGAUUGGAUAACCGAGGGAGAAAAACAUUCAAACAUUGAUUUGCUUGGUGCUAUUGACAAUGCAACACGAAGAAAAAAUGGUAAUGAAGAUGAAAGUGAUGAAGAAGAAAUUCCUAAUGAUGCUGAAAUAGAGAUUCAUGGUACCGAAGAUGAUUUGGAGAUUCAAAUUGAUGAUAUUGGUGUUGGUACUAGUAGUAGCACUAAUGCUCAUAAUAUUGGUGUUGGUACUAGUAGUGACACUAAUAAUCCUCUUGAUGAGUGUCUGAGGAAUAAUGAGGAAGAUGAAGGCAAUGAAGCUGGUUUUAGUUUACAUGACAUACCAGCAGAUUAUUUGUUUUAA